AUGGCCGAAUCAGUAUACGACACAGCAGUGCGUUUCACAACGGUCGUCCCACAAAGGGCAAAGAGAUCGCCACCUCUAUUGAACGCGAUCUUCUCUGCCGCAGCCUUGCACCUACGACAUUCUUCCAGACUCAGACGUCCUGGGAAAACGAUCGAAUAUGCUGGCUACGAAUUGCGCGACCUCAACGAAGUCUCAACCAUCAAGUACUACCUAGCAACCAAUGCUUACCUUCGCGUACUAUGUACCAAUGAAGCCCACACCCGAGACGAAGACCUCCUUGCGGCCACGGUCAUCAUUCGUUUCUACGAGGAGCUUGCUGCGCUGAUCAGCGGCGAACCUCGCGACCAGCUUACCCGACCCUUCCAGCUCUUUGUCGCCGCACAAGCCCGGCCAGAUAACUUUCACUUUCCACCCGAGCAGUAUAAUUUUCAAAUUCCUGGCGUGUUUGCCUCCAUCCGUACAAUUAUCGAACCAUACCUAGAAACAUACCAGCACGGCUCCUUUCGCAUCGCGCUUCGGCAAGAAUGUCAACGGGCCUUGCUUUCUAGAGGAAAGGUACACUUGCCUCUCGAAGCCUGGAAUUUUCUAGAAGGAUUUGACGAGACGGAAGAUAGUGUCUGGACGGAUCGUCAUCUCUACCACUACGCACGCGUUCUACAGUACUGCUUCUCGCAUGACGAGCCUGAAUCUCAAAAGCUGAGCCAAUACGAGGCACUCAAAGGCUUUGAGACGAAAUGGGAGGAAACCCGCCCACUGUCUUUUUCGCCCUACGACCAGGCUCAGCCAGAUCGCGAUAACGGGGAGAUCUUUCCUAAAUACUGGUACGUUAAUGAAGUUCAUGCUGUUGGGGUCAUGUACCUCCAUCUAUCGCGUCUUUUGCUCACUGUGUACGAUCCGUACAUCCACAGAAUCGGACCUGGUUCGGCAGCUGCACAACGACGUGUCAGUGCUGAGGUCAGAGAGGUGGUUAUUCAGAUAUGUGGUGUUGCGAUGAGUAGUCUCAACACACAGCCAGUAUUGGUGCAAGCUCUGAACACGAUCAGUAUGUUUGGUGAGCACUUUACGGACAGACAGGAACAAGAAGCGUUGCUAGAGGUGUUGCAAGAGCUGGAGAACAGACAUGGGUGGCCAGUACACAGAGACGCUGAGGCACUAAAAAGGGAAUGGGGGUGGACAUUGGACAAGGACGGCUAA